UUGUAUAAUGGAGCAUACGUAAGUGGAACAAUAUUGUACAAGGAACGUGUUUCAUUCACAAAAUGUUUUUUUAUUUUCUUCCCACCAUAACCUAUACCACCACACCCAUUUCACCCCAUUCAUUUCUUCCUCAUCAUCAUUGCUCUUUUAUUGCAAAACUUCAUCUUCAUGGCUUCUCUUCUGCUCCUCAACCACCUCCCAUCAUCUCCUCCCCUAUCAACACCGCACACCACCACCUUCAACAACACAUCAACCACAACCCUCGCAUUCUCUUCCAAAACCAAACCCUCACUCAUCCUCAAAUGCUCUUCCACCUCAAACCUAACCCCAAAACUCCACCAAGAAGAACUCGACCAAGAACAAGAACAAGAACAACAAACGUUUGAGUUUGAUUCUGACACCCCCUUGAGCGAAGUGUGGAGGGAAAUCCAAGGCAUGAAGGAUUGGAAAGGGUUGACAGAGCCAAGCAUGAACCCUCUCCUCCGGCGAGAAAUAAUCCGGUAUGGAGAACUCGCACAAGCAUGCUACGACUCCUUCGACUUCGACCCUCACUCCAAGUACUGCGGAACAUGCAAGUACCAUCCCUCACACUUCUUCCACCAACUCAACAUCCCCCACUCCGGCUACACCAUCACCCGCUACCUCUACGCCACCUCCAACAUCAACCUCCCCAACUUCUUCCAGCACUCCAACCUCGCCGCCGUCUGGAGCCCCCACGCCAACUGGAUGGGCUACGUCGCCGUCAGCACCGACAAGGAACACAUCAAACACCUCGGCCGCCGCGACAUCCUCAUUGCAUGGCGAGGAACAGUCACCUACGUCGAAUGGAUCCACGACCUCAAAGACAUUCUCCGCCCCGCUUUCUUCUCCAGAGACCCAACCAUCAAGGUAGAAUCUGGAUUCCACGACUUGUACACCAAGAAAGAACAUUCCUGCACCUACUGCUCUUUCUCCGCUCGCGAACAAGUACUCUCAGAGGUUAAACGUCUUCUCAACUACUACAAAGACGAAGAGAUAAGCAUCACCGUCACCGGGCACAGCCUCGGCGCCGCCCUGGCCGUUCUGAGCGCGUACGACAUAGCCGAGGUUAGGUUAAACGUGGUUGGCGGCGUUGGCGGCGGCGACGGUGGUGAAGGUGUUGAGGUUCCGGUGACGGUGUUUUCGUUCGCGGGGCCUAGGGUUGGGAACUUGAAGUUCAAGGAGCGGUGCGAGGAGCUCGGGGUGAAGGUGCUGAGAGUGGUGAACGUGCACGAUGUGGUACCCACGGUGCCGGGGAUAAUAACGAACGAGAAGUUUCGGUUUCAGAAGUACAUAGAGGAUACGCUGUCGUUUCCGUGGAGCUAUGCGCACGUGGGGACGGAGAUUGCGUUGGAUCACAGAGAGAGUCCGUUUGCGAAGGGGAAGGUGGAUCUGGUGAGUGCGCACAACUUGGAGGUGCACCUGCACCUGCUUGAUGGGUUCCAUGGGAAGGGGAAGAGGUUCUGUUUGGCGUCGAAGCGUGACAUAGCGCUUGUGAACAAGAGCUGUGACUUUCUCCGGAGUGAGUACGGCGUUCCGCCGCACUGGCGGGAGGACGAGAACAAGGGGAUGGUGAGAGGCGGCGAUGGGCGGUGGGUUCUGCCGGAGCGCCCUAGAUUGGAGGCUCAUCCACCGGACAUGGCCCACCAUCUUCAACAAGUGUUGGACAACCACCUCGCAGCAGGUCAGCAAUUAGAAACCAUUUAGCAUGGCUUACAGUUACUAGAUUUUCGGACAAACGACAAAAAAACAGUGUUAAAUAUGUUUUAAGAAAAA